AUGAAGAUUAUUGCGAAAGUAACCAUCCUCUUGCUUCACCUCGGAACAGGAGCAGCCUAUCGGCGUCGUCUAAAGGGCGAAUCGCCCUCCAAUGCUGGUCUUCCAACUUGGAGUCCUUCCAUGAAACCAACAAAAGUAGACUUGAAGGUUGGAAAAGAAAAAGGCGUCGCUAGCAAUCCCGGCAAUGACGAGCUCCCGGAGGUCACAUCUAUAGCACCCGCGGAUUCUAAAGGAGAUCCGAAGGGCAGCAAGGAUGCUCAGCCCUCACUUCGACCAACUAUGCUUUCAAUUCAACCCGACCCAUCACUGGUGCUCACGCUCCCACCAACCAAGGACCCAAAAGGAUCCACAGAUCCAAAGGGCGCUCCAGAAGACUUGGGCACUCUGGACGAAAGCACGGGACUUGAAGAACCAAAGGGAGCUCCAAAGGGAUCGGGUACAGUGGAUGACACCGAUUCCGAUACAAUGGAUGACAAAGAGUUUGAGUCAAAGGGAGCUCCAAAGGGUUCGGGUGAAGUAGAUGAUAUCGGCUCCGACGCCGCGGAUAACACACAGUUUGAACCAAAGGGAGCUCCAAAGGGCUCGGGUGCUGUAGACGACACAGAGUCUGAGCCAAAGGGGACUCCAAAGGGAGUAGACACUGAGAAAGAGGCAGGACUUGCACCUAAGGGAGCACCAAAAGGUUCGGGUACAGACGAAGACACGGGAGCUGAUCCAAAGGGAGCACCAAAGAAGGGUCCAGAUUCAAACGUACCCCCAACCAAGAAGGCAUCGGCACCUGUUGAAGUUCACAUGAUUGGUGUGAAAGUAGCUUCCAAGCACAAUGGUAGUGCCGUAGUUGUCAGCACCACUGACGACUGUUCUGCAGCAGCAAGCAAUAAUAUGAUGGCAAAGAAGCUUGCGUUCUCUACCCCGUGUUCAGACCCAACAGUUUGCGGAAUUACGGGAGGUACCAAGAAGGGAGCAGGAAAGCGGAAUUUGAAAAAGGGUUCCUGCAGCAAGUCUUCAAAGUCAAGCUCCAAAAAGAGACAUAUUUGA